CGGAAGGGAAAGUUACCCAGAAAAUAUUAAAGUUGUGAUCUUUAUUCUUUUUAAUAGAAGCUUUUGUAUCUAAACGCAAUAUGAGUUAUUAUUCAACCAUGUAAUUACUUUGUGAUUGAACAUUUCCCACUUUUUUUUUUGUGAAUUUGGUGAACGUUUUAUGAAUCUUGGCCACAAGCCUAAAGCCAGAUCUAUUUACAUAUAAUAUACCUCUACUUUCUGUGCUGUUUUCAGAUAUUCACAGAAACAUGCUUCAGUAAAGAAGAAAUUUCUGAUAGGGUUAAAUGCGUGUAAAUGUAUAACUUUUUGUAUGCAAUUCAAGGUUUGGUAUUCUGUCUGGGUGCUUGAAUCAAGGGGACUUGAUAUAAGGGUUAAAGAUGCCGGCUAUUUUACUUUCUAAGCUCAAACCUGCAAUAUGUACUGGUUUUCAAAGGUCACUUACAAGAAAACCAGUUCAAUUGUCAAGUUCACCAAGUUCACUGCUUAGGCAGCUCAAAUUUUUGUCUCUGAAUUCAGGGUUGGAUCAGUCCUUGCCUUAUUCAGAUAAAUCUAUAUCUGAUAAGAGGUGCAUUCGAAACCCAUUUUGUAUUAGGACAAAAACAAUGGCUGUGUCUGGUUCCAAGGCUGUUUUCGGAGAUGUUUAUGUGGAUGAGUUGGUAUCAAGUUGUGGGAAUGGCUUGGACUUCCUGAAUCCUACUGGGGUUUAUUUUGCUGAUCGAAGCCAUAGCAGUUGCCAUAAAGCUAGCCUGAUUUUGAGAAAGCGAGAACAACACAACAAUCGAUUUGUUUGUGGGUACAUUAUUUGUGAUGGAGUGCAGGGGAAUACCAAAUAUAAUCCUCCUUUCGGUCAUAGGAUGAAAAGUACCCACACCUCAUCUUUGCCAUGUACCUCUGCUAGGGCAGCUCAUGAUGUGUCAUUUGAUGGCAGUUCCAAGGAUGAACAGACCACACCUGUACAAACUAUUCCAAGUAAGAAAAGCUUGAGACUAGUUUCAGGGUCAUGUUAUCUCCCGCAUCCUGCUAAGGAAAAAACAGGGGGAGAGGAUGCUCACUUCAUUUGUUCAAAUGAAGAAGCCAUAGGGGUAGCUGAUGGUGUUGGAGGCUGGGCAGAAGUUGGCGUUGAUGCCGGAGAAUUUGCCCGUGAACUUAUGUCUAAUUCAGUGGCAGCAAUUCAAGAUGAACCAAAGGGUUCCAUUGACCCAGCCAGAGUAUUAGAGAAGGCCCAUUCAAACAUGAAAUCACAGGGGUCCUCAACUGCCUGCAUCAUUGGCCUUACUGAGGAGGGAAUACAUGCAAUAAAUCUGGGGGACAGCGGUUUCAUAGUGGUUAGGGAUGGUUCCGCCGUCUUCCAUUCCCCAGUGCAGCAACACGGUUUCAAUUUUACAUAUCAAUUGGAGAGUGGUAAUGGUGGUGAUCUACCAAGCACUGGUCAGGUUUUCAGAAUUCCUGUUCUGCCAGGUGAUGUGAUUGUCGCUGGAACAGAUGGUUUGUUCGAUAACUUGUAUAACAAUGAGAUUACUGCUGCUGUGGUUCAUGGUUUAAGAGCUGGCUUCAGACCCCAAUCGACGGCUAAGCAGAUAGCAACUUUGGCUCUGGAACGAGCAGUGGAUAAGAACCGGCAGACACCAUUUGCCAAAGCGGCUCAAGAUUCUGGGUUUCGUUACUAUGGUGGCAAGCUUGACGACAUCACUGUUGUUGUGUCCUACAUUGCUAGCUCUUCCAAUACGUGAAUCUUGGUUUAAGACUAGCUGUUAUGGUGUCUGUAGGAUUUUUGGAAAGCAAUUGAAACCUGGUUAAAGAAGCAUAUUCAUGUUUACCUUUUGUUUAAUAUCCCUUGUGAAAUACA